GGGGUAGGAGCGAGAAUGGCGGCCGUGCAGUGCACCAAAUGCACGGCAGAAAGAAAAGGUUUUCGGCGGGAACUUGAUUCUUGGCGACACAGACUGGUCCACUGCGUUGGGUUUGAAUGUAUUCUUGAGGGAAUCUACGGCCCGAUGCUGCUGAAAGACCUCAAUUUGUUUGUUGACUGUGAACCAGAAGAAGUGGAUGAUUGGUCCCCAGAAGCAAGCCGUUCUCAGUGUUCAUUCUGUAACCUUUCACUGGACAAACUCAGUGAUCCCGCACCUGUAGCCUCGUCGCCUCCCUCCUCCCCCUCUGAUUACUCUCCUUGUCAGGCCCUGACCCUCUCUGAGAGCAGCCAGUCAGCACACAGGUUCCUCCAAGCUGUGUUUCACAAGAAAGAUGUGCCCACAGACUGUGAUUCAAACAUACCUCUGGUCGCUCAGGAGCUGAUGAGGAAGAUGAUACAUCAGUUUGCUGUGGAGUAUGCUUCCAAGUGCCUGCUCCGCACCAGUACAAACGGUGUCACAGGGACCUCCUCACCUUUAUCAGAAACACCAGAUGGCCCCCUGGACCUCACAGUGAGCCGAACAGUGGAGGAGAAAGAGAUUGAGCCCGAACCCGAUGGCGUCCUGGACCUCUCCUUCCGAAAUCUAGCCAACUCGGCAGUUACGUCAUCAUCUAAUCACAAAGCCUCAGGGAGGCAGCACAGGCAGAAGGAGUACACAGAGAGGAGCUGGGAGCUGUCAGAAGGGUUGCUCUCCAAGGCUCUGAAGGAUAUCCGUUCAGGGAGGCUGCAGGAGCAGCGGGCUGCUUUGCUCUAUGGGAUUCCCCUUCAAACCCUCAGGCAAGGUUUGGACGGCCGGGCCGAGGGGAGGCAGGGGUUUCUGCGUCAGCUGACAUCUGCGAGCAGAGAUUUCAGGGAUGAAGUGAUGUCAUACAGCGCAAUGUCGUCGAUGCUGGGCGGCGAGGCCCGUCUUGUUCUGCAAAAAGUGGCGGCCUGGGCGGAGCGAGCAGAGAUCGGCGAAGGCGCAGAGGAGAAUGGGGACUUGAGUCUCCCGCUGUCCCAUUUGGCCCUCUAUCAGUCAGGUGGUCUCCAAAAGACCCUCUCUCACGGUUUCUCCCAGCUCAGGGAUCCUCUCCAGCCCCCGCCAAGCCCGACCUCCAGCCUGGAAUCCCCCGCCCCCCUGCGCAUUCCUCAGGUCCGCUCGGCGUCCGACCACAGCAAGUCGGCUUCGGUGGAGAAUCCCGGCGGGGCUGAGAAGCUCCAUCCGCGUACCUCAUUAAGCGAGGGUACUGCCAGUUUGUCCGCAGCAUCUGCCAGACCCUCGUCCCUCUUCAAACUCAGACCUCCGUUCUUGGCACAAGGCUGCCUGGGCAGCGCCGGCCAGCCGCCGUAUCGCCUGGGACCCCGCGGAUCUUCUCUGGAUGAGUCCGAAGACGGGCUAGGCUGCCGGGAUAAAGACAAGCAGCCUCGAAAGAAACGCGGGCGCUACCGCCAGUAUGAUCACGAACUGAUGGAAGAAGCUAUCACCAUGGUGAUGGGUGGUCGCAUGAGCGUCUCAAAGGCCCAAGGGGUUUACGGGGUGCCCCACAGCACACUGGAAUAUAAAGUGAAAGAGCGCACUGGAACACUGAAGAACCCCCCCAAGAAGAAAUCCACUAACUUUUGCUCAUCCGGUUCCAACUUAUUCGGAUCCGGCUCAACAGCCGGUUCCACUAACUCAGGAAGUCUUGCCUCAGCUGCCGACACAAAGAGGUUCUAGACCUCGGAACGCCUCAAACUCCUCAACACUUGAACACUCCACCUCUUACAAGAUAAACACUUUCCGGAGACUCUUUGUUAAAACACAACACAUGCCUUUACAAAACACACGGAUAUGAUUAUUCAGGUCAUUUAACUGUUUGUCUGUAAUGUGAUAGUCAUACUUUGAGCUGUAUUUUUCUGCCAUAGUCCUUGGCUGCAUUUAGAGCGUCUUCUAAAUGCGGCGUCUUUAUUUCUUUCCAAAAAGCAGUGAUGCCUCAGGCAUCUUAUGUUUACAGGGCCUGCCAAACGAAAACAGACUCCUCCUCACAGACUCCUGAAGAUUACUGAAGCUUAUAGAUGUUGUAGAAUUUAGCUUAGAAUUCUUUCCAGUUUCUUACAAUCAACAAAUCCCAAAGGUUUUUUUUUUGUUUGUUUUUUGUCAGCUCCAUACCUGAAGUGAGCAUCUCAUUCAUCCGUCCAGCACUCUGAUAUGUGUACGGAAAAAAAUAUGAUUUUAGUUUGUGAUGGUUUUAGAUGCUGGUGGACCUCAGCCAUAUACACAUUUGUUUAAUGCAUACGGCUUCUAAUCUGAUCUGCCAUCAUUUUUUUGCACGAUCCAGUACAAAAAGGGUUUCUUCAUACCUCAGGACUAUUUUAAGGAUUCCCACAUUGUUUUUAUUUAUUUUUUAACAUCCAGAUAUGUUGCCAAAUUUUGGGAUUUGUUGGUUGUAAUAAAAUGAAAUUAUACCAUCUUUAUCUAUCUAGCCCUCCAGGGUACUAAGAGAUUUCUUUUCUGGGAGAAAAUCCGACCACGAAUGUGGUCUAAAAGGCUGCUAUGGAUUAGUUGACGGAAACACACUUCAGUCGUGGACCUCCUUUUUUUUUUUUAAUCGAUAUGAAUUAAAGUGUGACUCUCACGUUUGCUAGGUGUUAAAUUAUUAGGUUAUUCAGGUGUAAUUAAAUUCUUAAAUCUCCUCUUUGAGGGAGCAUCGAUGAUUGUCAUUUACAGCUUUCUAUCUCUGGGUAUCUGGCCCAGCUUCUUUUAAGUGACUUAGAGCCAUUGAAAAAGAUGAAACGCUCAUAACUAUUGCUAGACGCUUAAAACAGGGCGAUUGUACAGUGCAAAAUGCCAUUGUGGCGACAUCUUGAUGAUUGAUGGGUUUUCACUCGAGAGAUCAGCUUAAAGCCAUUUUGUGUCCACCCCCCCCAACCCCCCAAUCCUUGUGGGCGAGCUAGUUUGAACAUUGUGUUGGGUAUUGUUGGAAUGCAAAUGCGCAGCAUGUUCCGAAAUGUGCACUGAUUAGCCUGGGAAACGUCCGUUAAUGUCUACGUGUACAGUUUGUGAAGGAUGUUCUUUCUGAUUUUCUUUUUCUAAUCACCCGUAUUUAUUAACUCUGCUACUGUAGCCGUAUUACCGCUAACCUCACACAUGAUUGCUGCUUAACUUUACUGGACUGUUUUUUCUCCCUGACACGGAUGUGCGUAGCUUCGUCGAAACCUCCAGAGCGACUGCAGAUUCAAAGAUGCAGUCAAAGUGCAUGAGCCCCAAAAGACAGAUUAGCAUAUGUUGCAUGUGUUGUUCUCAUUAUUGUUAUUGAUGGUUAAUUGUGUUGGCGACUGGAAGCUAUGGUAGUUAAAGGCUUUAGUAAAGAGUUGUCAUUGUGACCAUAUUAUUAUUGAUAUUUUUACUAUAAUUAUGAAAGCAUACACGGUUUUGUUGUUGUUUAGUUUUUUUUAUUGUGUUGCGUCUCUGCUCUUUUCUGCCUGUCAGAUGGGCCUAUUUCCAUUUCUAAUGCUACUACCAAAGCAGCAUUUCAGGGUUAGCCGCACAAAAGCUGCUUUGAUUUGUUUUGCUGGAAUUUUCAGCUUGUUUGUCACACUCGCCAACCUCGUCGUCACAUAUUACCUCUGAACUUUGCUGAACUGCCUGAACCCCUGUGCCGGGUUUCAUAUCAAGUCUUCAGUCUUUAACGUUCCGGAUUUCCUCCUGCUAGAGCUCUUAUUCGAUUUAGAACGCUCACAGCUCUUAUCUCUGGAGGAACACCACACGGUGCGAAUUCAUUGACAUUAACAGUUUAAUUGUGUGAAGGAAAUAUUGUACCCAAAGCCAGUUAACGGUGUCAUUUUGAAGUUGUUUGACCUACUUUCUCAUCUAGGUUAUCUCUGGUCAUUUGGAAACGAUCAUAAAGCUGUAGAUUACUAGUUUAACGUUUGUUUUCUUCAUUUUUGGAAAAUGUCGGUGCAUUUUAUCUUUGUAACUCUGGGAGCUGUACAAAUACUCCUGAAUGUAUGUGCUUACAGUGGUAAAUAUUGCCGGGUACUCCGAGGGGCAGUUUGCAAACAAACCCUUUUGAGAAAUUAAUUGAGACCUUUUUUUGUACAGGCUUAAUUGCAAUUUAUUCUUGAAAUCAGCUGUAUUUCAAGAUGAAGGCUCUUUUUCUGCACUGCUGUAAAUUCCAUUAAGCAGCUUGAUUAUACGACUAUUUAUGCAUAAUUCGAUCAUUGCACUAUGAUUUAUUAGAUGUUUUUAUUGUGGAACCCCCUCUUUGUGUUAUUUAUUUAUUUAUUUAUUAACUGUGCUCCAGAACUGUGAUUUUUAGUUUGAUUGUGGUGAUUCUUGAUUUGUAAUGGGGCACUUUGAUCACAUGUGAUGCGUUUAGUGCUGCAACUGCAUGAGUGCGUUUUGCAUUGUAAUAUUUGCUUCUAUAAUUUAUUUACUCCAGAAACAAGACUUCUGACUGUUGUGGUUGUUUAGUGCUUAAUUUGCUGUUAAAAUGAUUUAAGAGGUUUUUUGGUAACUAAUUUGAUAACCGUCACGAGCUCAGCUAUGAAUGUCACGCUGCAUUCAAGUUGAGUCCUGACGCAGAAGGGAAAAGCUUUCAGAGUCUUACCUUUAAAAAAAGUUCAAAUGUUGUUGAACUACUACAUUGAUUCUUCAGUAAAGUUUUCACUAAUAGCCAUUGGGUUUGAACAUGAGAGGGUGUUUUUUGAACUGUUGGAAAAGAUGCUGUUGAAAAAAAAACGUAUUUUAGUUUGGGCGUUUCUACAAUCCUUCUGCUUUCAGCAGAAUGUCAACAUUUGCCUUCAGCAGCUCAUCAAUAAAACAGUUCUCGAAUUUAAUCGACCUCCUGUUAUGACUUUUCUUGCGUCUAGAUUGCAUAGAAGCUGUAAUUUUAUCAGUAGUGGAGGGUUGCUUAUCAUUCACCACAAAUAUAAAUGGGAUCAAUAUACGACUGUAUAGGAAAAGAGAAUUAAGCAUUCAAAACAGAAGAUCUGCAAAACUGCUGCCGUGUUGAAAUCCUGUCGAGCAGCUGAACAGUUUGUGGCACCU